AUGUCAACUGUGUUGAGGCGCGGGCGGGGGGUGGAGGGUGCGUAUGAGGCGGAGAUGAUGGAGGCGCUCGCCGCGUGCGGGGGCACGUGGAUCGGCGACCUGAUCGACCUCAUCCCGCCGCCGAUCCUGGCCGGCAUCGCGGUGUACCGAAUCGCGAUGACCAUCCCCGCGCCCAAGUGGGUGGACGCGAAACGCAAGGAGUUUCAGCGCGACAUGGGACAGUACCGCAAGGUAGCCUUCUUCCACUGCUGCCCGACCAUCUUCAUGCUGGUCGUCUGGCUGCUCGUCGUCUACAACUACUAUGCCAUCGUGCGCUGGUCCGACGCCUCGUGGCCGGUUGGCGUGAUGGUUACGGGGUACGGCCUCAUCGCGCUGCAGGUGGCGAGCUUCGACCGCGUGAUGCGCACGCACCCGGGCGUGCUGCCGGAGGAGUGGCGCGUCGAGGCGCACCGGGGCCACGCGCCCUUCUACAUCUGCCGCCGCACCGGCCGCAAGCUGCCUCCGCGCUGCUUCCACAUCAAGUCGCUGGGCCAGGACGUGCUCUUCCUGGACCACUUCUGCUUCUGGCUCAACAAGCCAAUCGGGCUGCGAAACCGAAAGUACUUUCUGCUCUUCCUCGGCUACUCCCUCCUCCUCACCGUCCUCGGCGUCCUCCUCGUCGCGUCCCUGCUGCACGGCGUCUACUUCAACCCGCACACCACCCUCCGGAUGCUCCUCCCCUUUGCUCCAGUCACGCACCCCGGCGUCAUGUACGGGUGCGUGGAUCUCUUGCUCCUAGGCGCCGACCCGCUCGACCCGCUCGGCGGACUCCGCUCGGCGUUCCGCCGGGCAACGUUUCUGCUGGUGGCAGACUUAGUCGCCCUCGUCUUCCUUGGCGGCUUUGCAGUCUCGGCGUGGGCGAUGGCCUUCAAAGGCCGUGUCUCGCUCAACCCGAACGAUGCGACGUAUGAUGUCGGCGCGAGGCUGAACUUGCAGCAGAUCUUCGGCAAGCCGCUCGGGGCCGACUUUUGA